AUGGACUCUUCAUCUGCCGCCUUCAAGGCUGCUGCUGAUACUACUGCUGCAACUACUGCUACUACUGCUAAUACUGCCACUAGUACUGCUAGUGCCGCUACUGCUGCUGGCCCUGCGGCUGUCCAUUCUUCUACAUCGUCCACGUAUAUUCCAGGUUUCAGCUGUUUUUCACCACCAGUCCUCACCUCUUCUUCGACAUCAGAUUUUGACUUUUCCAGCUCGGCACCUUCGGUCAUCCGUACUCGACGAGCUUCUCUCAUUCCUGUUCUUUCUUCACCAUCUCCGGGACCUUCGCCUUCUCCAACCUCUCUUUCCCCGGUUUCUCCAGUCUCGCCAAUGGCACACUUAACUGUGUCGCCCCCAUAUCACUACUCUUUCCACCAGUACCAUCCAAAUUCAAGUACUGGCUCUGCUGGGUUUGCAGGAACUUCCCCUUACCCAUCAAGUAACAUUUCAUCAGUCAAGGUCGCCCGUCGCUGUGUAUCUACCACCUCGCUUGUAAAGUCUCCGCCGUCAUCGGCCUCAGCAUCAUCACUUGCGACUUUAAAAGCACCGAAUAGUGCAAAUCAUAAGCCCUUCCAACACUCGUCUCCCACUGCCUCUACUGCUCGUAGCACCAGCAACACUGCUUUAAUGAGCCCUAGCGAGGAACCAUCUGUUGAUGCCACCACUGCCAUCAGCGAUUCUUUGUCAAAGCAGCCGGUUUUGUCAUCAGCAUCUCACCCUUAUUCCUCUUCUUCCUCAUCUUCUUCAUUUUCAUCUUCAAACAUCCCAAGAAGUCGUCCGCAUCAUCUGUUAAUGUCCCAUUCGUCCACUUCUUCACUUGCUGGUCGACAUUCAACUCUAGAUCCAGCAGUAGUUGGAACUGCUCCAGCUGCCAUUUCUACGGCUUCUACGCCUGGCCAUUCCGACUCAAGACUUACUCGACACCACUCGUUUUUAAGGUCUCGAAUUUCAGGCUCUUUAAAGCGAUCAAAUGGUUCUAGUACUGUAACGACGGCUACUAGUCCUACUUCUGCUAACACUAAUGCUACUAGUUCGGUGGCUAUAUUUCCAUCUACUAAACAAACCCCCACGCAGGGUACCUCUUUUGCCAUCAGGGGCGAACAUAAAAGGCAACUAAAGGUACCAUCAUCUUCAUCCCCUAAAACUUCUCCAAAACAUUCUCCUCAAACUUCUCCCAAACCUCCUACAGACCGACAUUCAAGUAGUUCUUCAAGCACUCGAAGUUCAAACCGCAGCAGUGGAAGCAGCUCCACUUAUACUUCUUCAUCAAGCUCAGGGAAAACCAUGCCCACCACAUCCAUGUCUUCUUCUAUGGCUUCGUCAUCAGCUUCAUCUCAACAAGCAUCCCAAACUCAGCAUUUGUCCACCAACUCCUCUUCUCCCAAUAAUUCAACUGCGAACAAUCCGGAUCAAAACGCCUUUGACUUGUCGUCUUUCCAAGAAUCCACAUCAGGGUAUCCAUUUUUGCGUGCUCUCCACUCAUUCGAUGCAUCCACUCUUUUCUCAGGCCAAUCCGACGAUGAUCCUUCUAGCAUUUGCUUGUCUUUCCAAGAAUCCGAAAUAGUCCUACUCCACUCAAUCCAUCCUUCUGGUUGGGGCGAUGCUACUAUUUUAUCAAAUGCCGCUCGUGGGUGGAUUCCUACAAACUACUUUACCCCCUACUCGGACCCUAAAAUAGUCCCGGUUCUCUCCGCUGUUCUUAACUUUGUUUUGGCUCCAAAGUCCCAUCCACUGCCUCGUCCUUCUUCAAGACAGCAACAGAAUCAGGCUUUGGAUUCUCCUCAAGAGCCUCGCUAUUCUUUCCCGCCCGCUGCUAUUUCUGCAAUUGUGGCUGGCGUGCGCUCUCUCCUCGAAGCCUGUGGAACAUUAACUCGAGACACCCCUAUUGUGCGUCGGUCACAAUCCAUUCGGAAAUUCCGGAAAAUUUUACUGGCAGAACUUGCAAUUUUAGUGUCGUUAGCCAAACAGUACAAGUAUACAACCGACGAUGCCAAUAUCGAACGUCUCGUCACAGGCUCUUACAAAAUCAUUUUCCGCGCUGUUAUAUUUCUCGACAUUUGGACUCUUGAUCGUGGGUCCACUGCUAAUAGCAUCUCCUCAGAACCAAAUAGUGAAAAUGUUACACCAACAUCUACAAAAACAGAGCCUUCAAAAGAUGAAAGACCUGUCAGUACCGCUACCUCUGCAACGGAAUCGCACUCACCAGGAGUAACACUCAGUACAGCCAAGCCAGAAUCAACAAUCACAAAAUCUGAGUCUCAAAAAAGAAUGGAGUCACUGAAAAAGCCUGCUCCCUCAAUCGACAAUAUACGGUCCACUUUUGAAGAUUUUAAACCUACUACAGAAAUUGAGUCUAUCAAAGAGGUUGAUGUACCUGCAGAUUCUGCUUCUUCCACCUCUCGCACUAUCGACCCUCGUGAGUUAUCGGCUGCACCUUCUCCCGUACCUGCCAUCAUACCUCCGCGUCGCAGUCUUGUGCCUAACAGGGAGUCUAUGAUCUUCCAUGAAGUCCCACCUUCUGCUCUUCAACGUCUUGAAGAAGUUCAUGACGCGUUGACUUCAUAUCUUGGUAAUUUUCUCCAUCAGCGUCUUAGCUCUGAUGCUAUUUCAGGAGCUCCACUUGCCCUUGAUGCUAAUUCAUCAGCAUGUACUCAAAUUCUCGUCAACACUCGCAAGUCAAUGCUUGCUUGUCGAGAGCUUCUUGCUGCUGUUGAGUCUAUUUCCUCACACAGUCUUCCUCGAAAUAAAGAUUUAGAAAAACGCAAAGAAAAGCUUUUCUCACAAAUUCGUCAGCUUGUUUCUGUGGCCAGAGAUGUUGUUGCAUCUACACCAGCCACUGCAGAAGCUCAAGAAGAUGAUGACGAGGAUUAUAAUGAUGAGGAAGAUGAAAAUGACCGUACCAAUACGUCCACUUCUUCUGAUGUUCCAGAUGAAAUUUCUCCACGCCGAAAGGCCCGCAUGGCAAAACUUGCAUACGCUGUUGAAAGUCGACGUCUAGUUGAAAGUGCUGCAAUAUGCGCUCGCACGUCAGAUGAAUGUGUUUCUAUGUGUCGUCUCAUUCUUGAUCGCAUUGGCGAUUUUCAACUUUCGCCAACCCGUGAGUACCCUGAUUUUUCAGAUGGACUUAUUGCAGAAACCCCAACUGAGCUGGAACACAAGGCUGAAGCAACUUCAAUGCCAACAACCGCUAUUGUUUCUCCGGAAAAGACCUCUGUUAGCUCCACUAUUUCCUCUGCUGUAAAAUCCUUGUCUUCACUAUCGUUGUCUCAUAGACACACUCCAUCAACAACUAGCACCAUAACUGAUGCGGUUUCGGCCCCGCAAACUACAACGACAACGACUGUCUCUUCAACAGCCGGGCCAAAUUCAUCGGCCAUGUCCUCCAAGGCUACACUUUUUCCGAGCACUAAUGACUCAAAAAUGUCCCCAUUAUUACCCGAUAUUCCAACAAUUCUUCCGCUUCUUUCAGAUCAAUUUGAUGACCCACCAAUGCACUCUCCCAAUUCGGGUGCCUUCCCUUACCCUCAGCCUGAACAAGGCCACCCCAACAGCAUCAGUAACAACAACAACAACAAUGCCAACGCCAACGCCAACGCCAACGCCAACACUAAAUCCAGCAACAAUAACAACAGCAGUCUAGGCCACACCUUAGCAACUUCAGUAGCUGGACCAUCUACUUCAUUUUCGGCAAAUACGACGGCUCCAUUACCUACCGAUCUGGGUACCGUGUCUCCAGCAUCUCGCCAGCCUAGCCAUUUGCAGCAAUCUCCCCAAGCUUCCACUAUUCCAGCCGUUAUUUCUAACGAAUCUGACGCCCAAGUGCGUGCCGCCAUCGCGGCAUUGCCAGCGGAUGAACGAGUCUUGCGUGAAGUAGGAACUUCUCGUAUUCGAGGCGCAUCUCUUCCGGCUCUUGUUAAAGUUCUCACAGAUAAUACAACUCCUGAAGAUCCAGAUGCUCAUCUUCUCUCUACUUUCUUUUUAACCUUUCGCCAAUUCACCACUCCUUUGGAUCUAGCUAAUGCACUUAUUACCCGAUUCCAAAGCUCUACUCAAAACAAAAAUGAUCCCGAUGAGGAUUUGAAUACGCAAAUUCGUCAGGCCAAAGUAUACAACCUUCUCAAACGCUGGAUGGAGUCUUAUUGGAAGCAGAGUACUGAUGCACCAGCACUCCCUCGCAUUGUCGCUUUUGCCAACGCAUCUCUAUUUAAUUCGGUAGGCGGCUAUUAUUCGUCUUACGCUCUUAGCAAAUCGGUACUAACUGAUCUGGCCGCUAAAAUACCACAUCUCCCCGAUGGAGAGCCACUAGUUCCACGGCCAAUUAUCGUGCCUGGUGCUGAUGAGGCUCGACGACUUGCUUUGACAUACUCUACUACGCCACUUAUUCCGGUUCAUUUAUCUCGCCAUCAGGUUGCGCUUUUAGCCAAAGCUGUAGACGCCCAAGAGUCGAUUGCAGCCCCAAGCAGUGUCAAAGAAGUCACCUCUGACGAUGGCCGUGUAGGGUCAGUGACUGCUAAUGCAUGGAACCGUAUGAUCCGUGCUAGUUCUUCUGAUGCAGGAUCAGAUGCUGCUGCUGCUACAGCUGCUGCUUCUGGUGCUACAUAUGCGUCUUCUUCACUUUCACAUCCUGAACCCUACGGUGCUACGGCUCAUACUAUUGUUCUCUUUCUUGAUAUUGAUACGGCAGAGCUGGCAAAGCAAAUAACUCUUCUUGACAGUGGGUUGCUGUGUCGUAUUCAGCCAGAAGAACUACUGGAUCAAAACUUUACACUUAAGCGUCGGUCGCUGGGCCUGGCCCCCAACGUGUCAGCCAUGACAUUGUUAACCAACCAGCUAUCUUUCUUUGUUGGCGAUACGAUUCUCAAUCCGGACAUUAGCACUAAAACGCGUCAACGCGUACUAAAGCACUGGAUUAAGACCGCUGAAAAGUGCCACGAGUUAUCCAGCUUUAAUGCUCUGAUGACAAUUGUUUCCGCACUUCAAUCUGUCAAUGUGGUGCGCUUGCGCAAAACUUGGGCCGAAAUUUCCCCACGUCACGCAAACACUCUAGCUUCUUUGAAAACUCUGCUUUCCAUGGAUAAAAACUACUCUGCGUAUCGUGCUGCUCUCCGCGCUGCCCCAUUGCCUCGCGUCCCAUACCUUGGAUUGUACCUUACUGAUUUGACAUUUGUUGGAGAAGGUAACCAUCCCUUGCGCUCGCUUACAAUUGACACGUCCACGCACGAAGUUGUCCCAGCCGUUGCUGCACGUAGGGCACCUCAAGGGGCGCAACCCCAAGGUACUGGUCCGGUACAGCCUGCUCCACCGCCAUCUUUUGCAGUCAUUAACUUUGAUCGUUAUGACCGCAUCACCCGCAUCAUUGGUGAUUUGCAGUGUCAACAAGUCCCGUAUCGCGUGGCCCCUUGUCCCGAGCUUCAAGCAUGGCUUCGCAUGGAAAUGGCUCGCAGUUACGCUGUUGUAUCCAAAGACCAUAACGGUCUUUGGCGCCGAAGCAUGAUUAUCGAGCCCAAACAAUAA